UUAAUGUUACACCAACAUCUCAUCAAAAGUUUCAAAUCACUUUUGUAUUAACACCAACAUCUCAUUUACAAUCAGUUAAUCAUAACAAUCAAAUCAAAUUUAUUUUACUCUUCCACUGUGUAUCAAUGUUAAAACCCAAUGGAUUUAAAAUUAACAACUAAUUAAGUGUUACAAUUAAACAAGAGAUGACCAAAAGGCUAACCAAUUGUCAACCAAUUUCCGUGGUUAAUUGUUGAUUAUGUUUCUCUGGAGGAUUUAAGUUUUAAUUGUUUCAAUUUGUUUCAAUUCUUUUCUAACAAUAAUUAACUCUUAAUUUCUUUAAUUGUUUAUUAACCAUGACAAUUAUGUUUUCUAAAACGAUUACUAUUCAAUCCGAUCCAACGUUUAAAUUUACCAAAGGAUUUCGAUAUAUUAAAUUAUAUCUUCGAGAGCAUUUGUUUAUGAUCGCCUGGAUAACAACUAAUUUGCUAAUUUUCGGCUACAGUUAUUUGCGAUUUCGCUUUAAUCCAGCUUAUCAUUAUACCCACCAAACCAUAGGCCAUGGAUUGUUCAUCUCCAGAGGAACCGCUUCAGUCCUUAAUUUUUCAUCAUUUAUUAUAUUUAUUCCGAUGUGUCGGACACUAUUGACCUCCCUAAGGUCACUAACAACACCUUCAAUUGUGACAAUUAACCAACAGCAAUAUUCAUCUCCAUCUAAAUCAUCAUCAUCAUCAACGACAAUAUUUUCAACAAUCUCCAAUCCAAUGUCUAAAUUUGGUACCAUUGGAUUAUCGGUUAUUCAACGAUUAACAAUUAAUCCAGUUAAUCGUUUAUUAGUCUCAUUAAUUGAUAAAUCACAACGAAUUCAUAUCGCUGCCGCUUAUACAAUUUGUCUUUCUGGUUUAAUCCAUUCAAUUGCUCACAUAAUUAACUCAGCAAUGGCUUCGGUUAAUUAUAAUCAUCAAUAUCCAACAAUUAAUUUAGCUUCUUUUCCUGGUCAACAUCCAUUGUCCAUAAUUUCCGGUUCAGUUGCUGGUGUUACAGGAAUUGCAAUGAACUUGAUUCUCUUAAUUGUCUUCAUCACAUCAACAAUCACUUUCCGUCGGGAUAAUUACAAUCUAUUCAAAUAUACACAUUUUCUAACAAUUAUCUUUGUCAUCUUAAUCUUAUGUCAUCCUUUAGGAGGAUUAUUGAAAGAGCAAACUAAUCUAGAUCAGCAUACAAUUGGUUGUGAUCAAAUCAUCAAAUCAAAUGUGACAAUUAACUUAUUAUUAAACAAAUUGGUUGAUUAUAAUUCAACAACAACAACAAUCAAUGGAUCUUCAGUUGAUUAUAAUUCAUUACAAUUAAAUCAAUCAUCAUCAUCAACACAAUCAAUCAUCCCAUGUGAUGAACCAAUUUUCAAACCAUUAGCUUCAUGUACAUGGAUUUGGCUCUCAAUAUCAUUGACAAUUUACUUAAUUGAUUUAAUAUUAAGAUUAUGGAGAAGACGAUCAUCAAUCACCGUAAUUAAUUCAUCAUUAACUGAUGAUCAUAUUAACCUUGAAUUGUCACAAAUCAAGGGAAGCAAAUCAAUAAUUAAACAAUCACUACCUGGUCAAUACAUUUACCUUAAUUGUCCAAAGGUAUCGACAAUUGAAUGGCAUCCAUUUUCAUUGUCAUCGAUUCCAGUGAUCGGAACCAAUGAAACUUUCAAUUUAAACAUAAAACUAAACGGAGACUGGACAAAUAAAUUGGGAAACUUAAUCAAUCAAAUUGACGGAGAAAACGAUCAUAUCAAGAUGACCAAUACAAAUGGGAAAGAUAAACAAACUGACCAGUUAAAGUUUUACAUUGAUGGUCCAUUUUCAAGUCCACUCCAAGAUUUACUCAAACACCGUCUAUGUGUUUGUAUUGCCGGAGGUAUUGGAGUGACACCUUUCAUAUCAUUUUUAUCACUACUCAGAUCUAAUCCAACAAUAUUAACAAGUAAAUCAGUUAAGAUUGAAAAACUUUACUUCAUUUGGAUUUGUCGUAAUGUAUCAAACCUUUCAGGUUUUGUUGAAACUUUGGCCCAGACAAUUAACUUUAAUCAUCGUAAUCAACGAGGACCCCUAAGGUUAACAAUUUAUUUAACCCAAGAGACUCAGGAAACAAUGUUGGUUAAUGUUAAUCGAUUAGGAGCUCGAGAUGAAAUGUUAAUCAACAAUUUACUUCGUAAUUCAAUUUUCUUGGGUAAACCUAAAUUAAAGACAAUCUUUCAACAAUUACAACGAAACUAUCACAAUCAAAAAGUUUCUGUAUUCUGUUCUGGAUCUUCAGGAUUAAGGAAAGAAAUUAAGAAAACAUGUCGGACAAUUAACUUAAAUGGAAGUCGAUUUGUCUUUAAACAUGAAGAUUUUGGAUUCUAAUUAACUAAUUGUAACAAUUGCCAGCGAUUAGUUCAGAUGAUUAUCUCAUCUAAUUCAAUUGUAAAUAUCUAUCAUAUUGAUCACUUUUGACAAUCAAAGGAAUUGAUUAUAUUUGAUCAACACUCACAAAUUGUUGAUUAAUUUGAAAUAAAAGUUUUUUAAAUCAUCAUCAA